AUGAAUUCUGCAGUACAACUUGAAUCGAACGGCGGUUAUUCUGCCGUGGAAGAUAUUAGUCUUUCUACUCAGAUUCCGGGUUUAAGUGAUGGAGAUGGACGCCGUUUGGAAAAACCAGUACCAGGAGUACUUAAACACGAAAAAACCGAUCAAGUUUCAAACGCGAAAACGUUUUAUGCAUCAAACGAACUUAUUAUUAAAACGGUGACGUUAACGUAUCAGAUUCAUACAAUUUUAGUAUCCGAUUGUAUUGCUUAUUGUAGAAAACCCAUAUACGAAUUGGCUUCGCUUUUUUCCAAAAGAGACUUUCUGUCUUAUUCAGAACUAACGUUGAAAGGUGCUCUGUGGCGGCAGAUUGACGAUAAAAUUAUGAAGUAUAUCAGAGAGUUCGAUAAUACUAAACGUAAUAUGGCACAUUUGUCUAGUUGUCUUAUUUUAGUAUUCAACAGAAUAACUGAACUUUGUUGCACCCCUGAUAAUGAACUAAAGAUGGAAUUAAAAGUAUUCAUUGAUGAUAUUCAAAAACAUGUAAAAUAUCACGAUGACGCAUUGUGGACAAAGUGGUUUUCUCGCGAUAGUAAUUUUGAAGAUUGGAUGUUUUUUUUGGCUAAUAUUUUUAUGUCGGGCAAAAAUUUUGUAAAUGAAGACGAAGAAAUUCGUAUUAGAAAUGCAGUAAAGUAUUUCAGAAAGGUAAGAUAUAGUCAUUACAUAUUUUGUAACGACAAAUCUAAAAAAAAAACCGCACCAGAAACAAAUGACGACGACAUUUUUACUAUUGGAGACAAGGCAAAAAAACGAAAAUAUGAGGAAAACCAUCGUGUUGACGACGACAUUUUUAAGCGUAUCAACGUGACAGGAAAUAAACCUGGUGUUUUUAUUAAACAAUCACGGAAAAGAUUAAGAAGACUGUUGAAGUAA